UGCAGUAUAUAUGCAGCAUUUGUAAGAUGCAUAGCCUGCAGGAGGUUCAUCUUUUUCGAUAAUAAAUCUUAUUCUACUUACAUAUUAUAGUACUGUGGUGUAAGAUGGGAUAUCGUUAACACCAAAAAUAUUUCCGAAUCGUGUUUGAAACAAUUAAUAACACUUCCUAUUGUCGUUGGCUACAAAUGUCCUAUGCUACCCCACUGUACUAUACAUUAUGUUGUUUGCAGUUUAUUAAGACUAACUUGAACAACGAAAAGUGAAUUACCAUGGCGAAAGAGCCAACCCAGAAGCCAGGUUACGAAUUGAACGACGAAUGCAACGCACAAGCCGAGAAGAUGCCGCUGGCCGUGGAAGAGAUACAAAAUGGGGAAAAGAAAACUAAACGUGAGACAUGGAGUAGCACGACAGAGUCUUUCUUAUCGCAUCUAGGAGCAGUGAUUGGACUCGGGAACAUUUGGAGAUUCCCUUACAUUACUUACACCUAUGGUGGCGGGGCGUUUCUCAUACCGUACAUUAUGUUCGCUGUGCUGUGCGGGUUUCCGAUGCUUUUUCUUGAAGUGGCUUUGGGUCAAUACACCCGAGAGGGAGCAGUUAAUGCUUGGAACCUAUCACCGUUAAUGAAGGGAAUCGGUUUCGGCUGUGCAGCUAUAUGUCUCUACUCGUGUACCUACUACAUUACAGUCAUGGCUUGGGGAAUCUUCUAUUUGGUACAUACUUUCACCACUCGCCCUCUACCUUGGAUGCAUUGCGACAAUUGGUGGAACACGAACUCGUGUAUAACUUACGACACUCUUCUAAACGGUACAAUGUCGGCGAACAUAAGUUUACAUAAAGAACUGCCUAUCAUUGAGUUUUGGGAUCGUUACGUCUUACGAAAGUCAGUUGGCUUGGAAACCAUGGGCUCUAUUGACAAUUGGCAAAUGGUGCUAUCUUUAAUUGCGGCAUGGGUGCUCAUCUAUUUCUGCAUCUUUAAAGGAGUAAAGUCGACUGGCAAGGUGGUCUACUUUUCUGCAACUUUUCCCUAUGUUGUCCUGGCCAUAUUGUUAGUUCGUGGAUGUACACUACCGGGCGCAGCAGAAGGUAUUCGUUACUACCUCCAACCGAAUCUAACCAAGCUUCAAGACCCAAACGUUUGGGUGCAAGCUGGGAGCCAGGUUUGUUACUCCUACGCUAUUUGUUUUACCGUUCUUGUGGCGUUUGGAAGUUAUAAUGAUUUUCACAUCGACUGCUACAAGCACACCAUCAUACUGACAACGUCAUGCUCAAUGACGUCAUUCGUAGCGGGAUUCGCCAUAUUCAGCGUCUUAGGCAAUUUAGCAGAGGUGACACACAAAAACGUAUCGGACGUUGUUGCCUCAGGUCCCGGUUUGGCAUUUCAAAUUUAUCCUUCUGGUUUAUCAUUGCUACCCCUACCUCACCUCUGGAAUGCUUUGUUCUUCCUUAUGAUUAUAACAGUAGCGAUUGACAGUCAGUUCUGCUGCCUGGAAGGAUUUGUUACCAUAAUAUGCGGGUCGUGGAAGUGGGCAAACCGAAACAAAGAAUUAUUCAAUGCUUGCCUUUGCUCUGUUCUCUUGGUAUUUGGCUUGGUUUUCAUGACAGAGGGCGGAAUUUACGUUUUCGAGAUAUUUAACAACUACGCAGUCAGUGGCAUUGCAUUGUUGUUUCUAGCGACCAUGCAAUCCAUCGCUAUAGGUUGGAUUUACGGAGCCGAUAAGUUUUACGAGCACAUAAAAGAAAUGAUCGGAUAUUAUCCAUCUGCGUUCUUAAAGUUUUGUUGGGUCAUUGCCACUCCUACUUUAACAACGGGAGUUUUUCUGUUCUUCCUCAUAAAGUACAAACCGUUAAAAAUUGGAGAAUACGAGUACCCAGGCUGGGCGAAUGCGAUUGGUUGGUGCAUGUGUUUAUCCUCGUGUAUCUGUGUGCCGGCAUACGCGGUUUACCAGCUGUUACUUUACCCGGGCUCUUUGAGAGAGAGAUACAGAAAAGCUACGGCUUCGAUUGGAAAAUUUGAAAAACGUAACAGCAUCCAGAAAGACACUCCUUCACUCAUGGAAGAAGAGUAUAUUGUACAAAGUAUUUAAAACAAUGGGCGCUGCUGUUUUUUGUGAAAUGUAUUAUUCUAAUAGUAAGCUUUGCUAUAGGCACGAUGCUGUUGUAAAUAUAAAAAUCUAAAACACGAAGUUUGCGUAAAACAAAUUUAACCAAUAAAGUUCUGUCAGCUCCUUGA